GGCUUUCUUCUUUGUUCAAAGGCUAGAGUUUCCGUAGAAAAUGAUGAUCUGGUGUAUUUUCACCUCCUCCGUGAGAAGCCCACGUCACGUCAGAUCGGUCAUGGCGUGAGGUUCUAGUGACGUCCCAUUCAAGGGUUAUUUCUGGUUUGAUGUCGAGCGCUUGUUUUUGUUCUUUCUUUUUGAUAUUUCAGAGCUUGCCCGCUUCUGCUUAAAUACUAGCCAGUUAUUUUUCCAUUUGUCAUUCUGUUAUGAAACUUCUCAAGAAUCUACUACUCAUUGAAUUAACAUACUGAAUUUUUCUUUCUUGUGAAGUGAUGUAAUUGUAUUACCAGUUUAUUCCUUUAUUUUUAGAUUAUAGUCAAAGGCCAAAUACCUUGCCUCAUUACAGGGAUAAAAUGAAAAAAAAAAAAAAAAUCCCACAGGGAUUAUUGUUUUAAAGAAAGCUGUGACCGGGCCAGCAUAUUUUCAGCAGGCGUUUAAACAUAAUUUUUACUGAAAAAAGAAAAUUCAAACUAUCAGAUUUUCAAAAAAUGCAAUAGUCCUGAUAACUGUUAAAUUUAAAAUGCUUAUUACAAUGAGACAGGCAGAUGUAGAAGGAAAAAGAUCAGCUAGAGCUGCCGUUCACUAAGAGCAGAAUUUUUAUAUUUUCUCUAAACUGAUGAAGUAAUGUGGUUUGUGUGUGUGUUGUGGUUUUAGUGGAAAUGUUUUGGGAGAUUUCUGUAAUAUGACAGGUGAAGGAGGCAGGCAACAAGCACCUCCAAGGCAGCCACGGUGGAAAUUUCUACAAUGAUUAUCUCCAGUCUUGUUUUCUGUAGCAGUUUUUCAUUUAAAUAUGAUGUUAGAAGCCUGCCAACUCUUGUUUGAAAAUCUAAUCACUUUUCUGUUUGUAAAUCUAUUAAGUGGAAACUAAAAAGGAAUGUUAUAAACCGAUUUUGUUCUCUAGGAGUAUUAUUCUGUUCUGCAUUGCUGUAAAGGAAUGCCUGAGGCUGAGUAAUUUAUAAAGAAAAGAGGUUUACUGGGCUCAUGGCUCUGCAGGCUGUACAGGGAGCAUGGCGCCAGCACCCACUUCUGGUGAGGCCUCCUCGUGAAGCUGCGGCUCUUGGGGAAGGCAGAGGGGAGCCAGCGUCCUAUGGUGAGAGAAGGAGAGCAGGAGAAGGCGGAGGUCCCAGCCUCUUAAGCAGCCAGUUCUCCAAGAGCUCAUCACCACGAGUGUUUGUUGAGAAGGUGCUGCAGAGACUUUUUCCUCAUGUUCCAAGUGGCCAAGGAAAGAGGGAACCCCAGACGCUGGCUGUCCAAAGUCCACCAAAGAAAGUGACCUCUGAGAAAGUGAGUCGGAAACAUGCUCAGCCUUUGACAGACGCUAGCUCUGAGACCCCGACUGCCAGACGGCUCUACACCGCCAGUGGGCCUCCCGAGGGCUAUGUCCCCUGUUGGCCCGAGCCCAGCAGCUGUGGGAGCCCCGAGCACGCCUCCAGCGGGGACGACACAGAAGAUCAGGAUCCUCAUGACCAGCCAAAGAGAAGAAGAAUUAGGAAGCAUAAGUCAAAGAAAAAAUUUAAAAAUCCCAACAGUGUUCUUGUAGAACAAGCAGAAUUAGAGAAACGGCAGAGUCUGUUACAGGAGAAAUUUCAGCGACAGCACACAGAUGGGCCCACGAUAAGCAAAAAUAAAAAAAGGAAACUGAAAAAGAAACAGCAAAUUAAAAGGAAGAAAGCAGCCGGCUUGGCAACAAAGGCUGCUGGUGUCAGCUUCAUGUACCAGCCGGAGGACAGCAGCAGUGAAGGGGAAGGCAUGGGAGAGGCUGGUGAGGGGGGAGGUGCGGACGCCAGCGAGGAAGACCCGACACCGGCCGGGGAGGAAGACAUUAAAGACGCCGGGGAGGAGGGAGGUGCGGACUCUGGGAAGGAAGACCCGACACUGGCCAGGGAGGAGGACGGCGCCGACGCCAGCGAGGAAGACCCGAUACCGGCCGGGGAGGACGAUGGUGCGGACGCCGGGGAGGAAGAUGAUACAGUUACCAAUGAAAAGGCAGAUAGUGUUCUAAAUUUUUUGAAGUCAACACAGGAAAUGUAUUUUUAUGACGGUGUCUCCAGAGAUGCAGCUUCAGGCGCCCUGGCCGAUGCCGCUGAGGAACUGCUGGACCGUCUUGCGUCACACAGCAUGCCGCCCUCAGACGUGUCCAUCGUGCACCACCUGAAAACACUGCUGCUUCUGCAAGAUACUGAGAGAUUGAAGCGCGCUCUGGAAAUGUUCCCACAACAUUGCACGAUGCCUCCUGACAGGAACUCCGCACCUGGCAGCCACCGACCGUCCUACUUUCUGUCUCUGUGGCUCCGACUCCUCUGGGGACCUCUCCUCGGUGCCACCCUCAAGGAUGCGUCCUUCUGUGACCAGCUUAUUUCACUCAGCAUAACAUUCUCAGCGUUCCUCGUGUUAUAGCCUGUGUCGACUCCCCUCCUUUUUAAGGCUGAAUCAUAUUCCAUUUGUUAAAAGAAACACUUCAACUGAAUUAAAUUUAAAGGAGUUUAAUUGAGCAAUGAAUGAUUCAUGAAUCGGGCAGCACCAGAAUCACCGCAGAUUCCGAGAGACUCCAGGGAUGCCUCGUGGUCAGAACAAAUAUACAGACAAAAAAAAGGGGGGGAAGUGAUGUAUAAAAAUCGGCAGAGAGGUGCAGAACGGCUGGAUUGGUUCCAGGUUGGCGUUUGCCUUAUUGAAACAGUUUGAACACUCGGCAGUCUAUGCGUGGUUGACGUAUGGCCGCUGGGAUUGGUCAAGACUUGGCCACUGUCACAGGCACAGACUCCUGAAUUAGGUUUUCAGUCCUGUCUGCUAUUAAGGUGGGUUACAGUUCGUCCACAAGGACUCAAAUGUAGACGUCCUGGCAUCCUUCGCCGGCCAUAUUUAGUUCGUGUUAGCACAUUGCACUGUUUGUUCAUUUGCAUCAUCUGUAGAUGGACAUGGUGCUGUUUUUGCCUUUUGGCUGUUGAAUAAUGUUGCUCCGGAUGUGGGUGUACAAGCAGCUGCUGAGUGCCAGCUUUCAAGGUGGGGGUUUAUGCCCAGAAGUGGAAGUGCUGGAUCAUACAGUAAUUAAAUUUGGGUUUCGUUUUCUGAGGAACUUUCACACCGUCUUCCACAAUGGCUGCACCGUUUUCCAUUCCCAGCAGUGGCGCACAAGGGUGCUCGUUCCUCCUCACCCUCCCCAGCACUUAUUUCUGGUUUGUGACAGUAAAUGAUAAUCAUCCCGAUGGUUAUGAAGCAGCACCUCGUGGUUUAGAUUUGCAUUUCCGUGCUGAUGAGUGGUGUCAGACCUCUUUUUGUGUGCCUGUUGACCUUUGUAUAUCUUCUUAGGAGAAAUGUCCAUUCCAGUCCUGUGCCCACUUUUGGGUUUUGUUUACCACAGCUUUUAUAAACCAGUUCUACAUCACAUGAGCUGUGUGCCCCUGGUCUCUCCAAGUAGCUUACAUUCUCUGAGCCCGAGGCAUCUCCUAGGAAUGAAGAUGCCCUGUAAGCUCAACACCAUAAUUCACGCCUAAGACAACUAACACCAAUUCCCCAGCUUUUGAGUGACCAUAGGAAUUAUCACCAGAACACGACACUUUGGAAAGUGAAUGAGUUGGGAUUAAUAAUUCUGCCGGAACAGCAGGUGUGAGCCAGAACCAUCCCAGGCAGAACCAUCGUGGUCACUUCAUGUGAUAUCAACUCCACUCCGUUCCUGUUUUGAUUUCCCACCGUCCCCAGCACGUCUUUCCCACCAGCAGCCAACAACAGUCGGGCUCUGCAUUUGGUUGCGGGCCUGUGUUGUCUCAUUGAUCUCUGUCCGCUGCUUCCCUAAAGGCGGGGACUGAUGGGGCCAGGCCACAGUCUUACUCUUGUGGAAAGGAUUCUCCCUCCAUCAUGUAACCUUUCCUUCUGCCAGCUGCAUUUCCUGCCACCGGAAGUAAGGUCUGCAGGCGUCGGAUUCAGAGGCAUGUGGGUGCAGGGUGAGCUCAGGGAAGGCGUCGGUGGGUGGCAUGGAGCACCAGGGCAAUCCCUUGUCUGAAGAGGUGACUGCAGAGCCGUCGCUGGUAAAGCCAUGCAGAGAUGCCUCAGCGCCCGCAGACCCUCUGCCUCCAGGUCCCCGAGGCCUCGGCAACUGUCAAUGGCCUUUUCCUAAAUCAGUGCCUUCAUCUGGGUUGCACAAUAGUCGAACUAAUUUUACCGUUCCUGCCACAUUUAUUACCAAGCAUUCUGUGAAAAAGGUAUUUUCUCAUCAAGACGAGAUGAAACAGUUUCUCUUAAGCAAGGGGGAACUGCUGAAGUCAAUCCCUUUCCUCACUGAUUUCCGAGUAAAGAGUUGACAAUGAUGUCGUAGUGGCCGCUGAAGGGAAGUGAGAUGCCCUGCCUCUCCCACUGCAUUUCAGCCUCUCUCUCCCCUCACUCCUCUCCCCCAA